GUUACUUCUACUGUUAGUCUCUCUCAGUUGUCGGUGAGGCCGGCGGGGCGGAUCCCACAUAAAUUUAGGAAACAAGAACAUAAAGCGACACAAAAGCUUAGGCAAAUUUAAAUUAAAUACUAUCAGUCUUCUCCCCUGUGGACAUACAUAGUUUAAAAGAUGCCCUCAGCGACUAUUGGCAACCGGGCUGUACAGUCCUCCAGUCCAGAGGUGGGGUCCGCUCCUGGAUCGAUGGGCCAGCUCACCAUGACCGCUCAGUAUUCCGAAGCCCACACAGAGGCUAUGAAGCAAGUGCUGGGUGUCAUCGACAAGAAAGUCCGCAACAUGGAAAAGAAGAAGGGCAAGCUGGACGACUAUCAAGCAAAGAAGAACAAGGGAGAACGUCUGAACCACGAUCAAUUGGAAGCCUUGUCAAAGUUCCAGGAAGUGGCGAAUAACCUAGAGUUUGCUCGGGAGUUGCAGAAGAGCUUCCUGACGCUUGGUCAAGAUAUCCAGAAAGCGGUGAAGAAGGCAGCACGCCGGGAACAGCUGCAGCGUGAAGAGGCUGAACAGAAGAGGCUUAAGGCCCUGCUGGAGCUGCAGUUCAUUCUGGACAAGCUGGGCGACGAAAAUGUGCGGCAGGAGCUGAAGCAGGUUUCCCUGCUUGUGGACGAGGACCUCACUGCCAUAGACGAGUUCUACAAGCUAGUGGGGCCAGAACGAAACCAAAAUGUCCGGCUGGUGGACCAGUAUGAACAGGCAUCUCAGCACUUCUGGGAGCUGCUGGAGGGCAGAGACAAGGCAGUGGUUGGUACCACAUACAAAGCACUGAAGGACACCCUUGACAAGCUUCUGCUGAGCGGCUACUUUGACAAAGCUCAUGACCACCAGAACGGCCUAUGCGAAGAGGACGAGGAGCAGCUCCCCGCACCAGAGUCUUCGGAGACGGAGGAACCGCAUACAGAGCCAGAAGGUGAAGUUGUGGAAGAUUACACAGAGCCAAUUGAAGUGGAAGCGACAGAGUUUGUAAACAGACAGUUCAUUCCAGAAGCCACCUACAGCAACACUGACAAAGAGCAAGGAGAGGAGUGGAAUACAGAAUCAGAAGCAGUCAGUGCUCUGCAGCAGCCCCCCCCUGUACCUACAGCCCCUUCCCCCGCCGUACCUGACGUACAUCCCCUCGCCCCAGUGACUCCUGUGGCCCCCGUGCCCUCAGCUGACCCUGGGGUCAGGAAGCAGGCUGUGCAAGACCUCAUGGCACAGAUGCAAGGGCCCUACAACUUCAUGCAGGACUCGAUGCUGGAGUUCGAUAGUCAGACCAUAGAUCCUGCGAUUGUGUCGGCACAGCCCUUAAAGCCCAGCAUGGAGCUGCCUCAGAUGGUGUGUCCGCCUGUACAUCAAGACUCCCGACUUGCACAACCCAACACAGUUCCUGUACAGCCAGAACCAACACAAGUCCCAAUGGUUUCCCCCACACCUGAAGCAUUUUCCACAACACCACCCCUCUACCAAUCCGCACACCCAACAGACCCCCGACCACCAACAGAUGCUAUUGACCCCCUCCAGGCCUCCAUGUCUCUCUCGUCCGAGCCGUCGCCCCCCACGUCCCUUCCGGCCGCCUCGCAGCCCCAGGUGUUCCAGCCAGUCUCGAAACCCCUCCACAGCAGCGGCAUCAACGUCAAUGCAGCCCCAUUCCAGUCUAUGCAGACAGUGUUCAACCUCAAUGCCCCCGUGCCCCCAGCCAAUGAGACGGAGGCACUGAAACAGCAAAGUCAGUACCCAAGUGGCUACAGCCCAGGCUUCAGUGGGCCGGUCCAGCACGCUGUGGAGCAGUCGGAGAUGCAGCCGGAGUCUUUGCAGUCCGUUGUUGGUGCCUUCCACACCCAAGACCAAACCCUUUCCAGCGUGGGGGGCCACCAGCCCCCGCAGCAGGGCACAGGCUUCAGCAGGGCGGGACAGUCCUUCUAUAACAGCCGGGCCAUACCUCGUGGCGUGCCCAGGAACUCCCGGGGGAUGCUCAAUGGCUAUAGGGGUCCAUCUAACGGCUUCAGAGGUGGAUAUGACGGGUACAGGCCUCCUUUCUCCAACACUCCCAGCAGCGGCUACGGACAGCCGCAGUUCAGCACGCCGCGCGAUUACUCCAGCAGCAGCUAUCAGCGGGAUGGAUACCAGCAGAACUACAAGCGUGGUGCCGGACAGGGACCUCGAGGUUGUUCUCGAGGUCGUGGGACACCAUUCAAACCCGGCAGAGGGGUACCUCAUGUGACUGCGCAACAGGCCAACUAACCCGGACUCCAGCAUGAACCCCAGAGACGUCUGAAUACCCUCCCCCACCCCCAACAAUAUUCCCACCUCUGACACGUGUGUCUUCCUCAGCAAACCCUGCCCUUCUGGUCUUUACACAUCGCUUUUGGAAGCUGAAAUCGUGCUCGACUGGAGAGGAAAUCGACCUACAAUAGACAUUUUCAAGGAGGGGCGGUUUAGUCUUUGAAGCCAAAUCACCCUUAGUUUUCCUUCAAUCCAAACCUUUAUUGCUAUCCUGUGGUAUUAGCCUUAAACACACCAAUCAAGCAGGAGAAUGUGCUUUUGCUGAUGACUUGUAAUUUUGGGGAUUGCCUGGACCAGAGAAUGAAGAUCAUCAUAGGUGUGAUGUAAUUAGGGUAUUGAGGCCAAAGGUCACUUUAGGCCAGCAUGCCACCCACUCUGAUUUUGCUGCUUUCUCAGAUGGAAGUAUUUCUGUCAGGUCUCUCCGUCCCUUCUAACUCUGUGAUGUGCUGAUCCUGUGGACAAACGUUUACUGCACACAAAAUUAGAUUUGCUUGUACCAUUACAGGAACUUUUACUGUGAAGAAUCUCUACCAAUUACAGCUCAAUGAGUCACAAUAUGAAAGACUAUAGCGCAGUUUUUCCCCCCGGCACACUGCAGGUUGUAUGCUCUAUGAUACAGGAAGUGAGGCACUUUAAAGAAGAUCACAUCUUUCAACAAAAUUCACCAUUAGGCGAACUCUUUAGCACAUAAUUUUACAGACUUUUGCACUGAAGAAACCCUCUGUUUGUGUAGUAAUUUGUGGUCUCCUGCUAUAGAAUGAAAAUGGGGCCUGUAGGUUUUUUGUUCCAGGAGGGACUGGUUUUCUUGGUGUAACCUCAUGUACGCCAUCCCCAUGACUAUACUCUGCUGGUUUGGAGAACUGCUACAGGUUGCAUUGAUAUCCUUUCUACGACACUGUCAACAACAAACUAUCAUUUGUUUUUGUUAUACAUCAAAAGAAAGGAUUAAUAUUUGGUAUUUUAUUUCUACUGAGGUGUCUACUCUGUUUUUAAAGUAGAAUCAAUUAACAGGGUCUGAAUGAUUCAGCCAUUAUGAAUAUUGGCCUAGUUUAUCCCAAUAAAAUGAAGUUUCCCUCUAACAUGUAAAAGUCACCAUUUCUCUCCAAUGACAUGCGAUCAAUAAAAAAAAAUAGGUAGUUGAGGGGAAAAUGGAAAAAUUGGAGCAGAACUGGAAUUUCUUUGCUCUGUGUUUCCCCUACAUGUGUCUCCAUCACUGUGUCUUUGAAGAAAAGGGAACAACGAACUGUAAUUACUUCAUCUGUGCCUGCUUAACGUUUUGGCUUUAAUUGUGUAUCAAGGUCUAUCUGUGGUCCUUCAAAUAAGGACAACUGGGAAAAAUUUAAAUAUACAAUACUGUAUUUUCUUUUUAUUUUGAUGUAAACAACAGGUGACAUUUUUUCUUUCCCAUGACAAAAAGUACUGAGCUCAAAGUAAAAUUACACUGAAAACGGUAAAACGGGAAGCUCUUGAAUUCAUAACAUGAUUGCUACAAGUGUGUUGACCUGGUUCUAAUAGCACAAAUGCCAGAUAAUGUAUUAUCACAGAACUGAGGAAAUUGUUACCCAGUUACAUAUAUGUGUGUGCUUCAGAUUGUGCAUUGUAGGGUAAUCCUUAACUGGUGAUUCCACCUUUGGUGACCUCGCAGUUUCCACUUCUGUAACUCCUGUUCGCUCUGUUUGGGGAAUCCUUAUGAAUGCUGGUGUUUGGAGAGGACAAAUAGAUUUAAUCUGUCUUCUGGUGUUAACAAAAAUAAAAGUGUUUUGUACAAUACA